AUUUAUUUAGCAAAAUUUGCAAAGUCGGCCAUGGUUUGUUUACAUGCGUCAGCUGAGAGGAAAUAUGCUGGUGCCACUAGUCAGCUGCACCUCCCUGCCUCGCCUCGCCCCUGUGCUGCCUCGCCUCGCCCCUGUACUCCUGCCUCGCCUCACCCGCACCUCGCUGCUUCGGUAUAACAACAGCUACCACCCUUCAGGGCCUCGCCGCAUCCAACACGCUCCCUCGCGUAAUUUACAAACCAUGAAGAUUGAGGAGAGUCAAAUGAAUGCUAUACUACGGCCCGGGGUCAAGAAAUUAGCAAACAUGUUCAGUGACUAUGGCUAUGAAUUACGAAUAGCUGGUGGAGCGGUGAGAGACUUACUCGUGGGGAUCGUUCCCCACGAUUUGGAUUUUGCUACAACCGCAACUCCGGAACAAAUGAAGUCAAUGUUUGAGACUGAAGGAGUUAGGAUGAUAAAUGCCACUGGAGAAAAACAUGGCACGGUGACUGUACGUCUUGAGGAAGAAAACUUUGAAUGUACGACUUUAAGAAUUGACCUCGUGACUGAUGGUAGACAUGCAGUCGUGCAGUUCACCCAAGACUGGGAGUUAGAUGCUAACCGUCGGGAUCUUACUAUUAAUGCCAUGUUUCUUGGACUGGAUGGCACUGUCUUUGACUACUUUGAAGGAAGUAAACACCUUCAAGAGAAGUUGGUUACUUUUGUCGGUGAUACUGAUAAGCGUAUCCAAGAAGAUUAUUUGCGAAUACUUCGCUAUUUUCGUUUCUAUGGACGCAUAGCAGAUGGGCCUGACAACCACAGGCCAGACGUCUUGGAGAGCAUCAAGAGAAAUGUAGAGGGUCUUAGCAGGAUUUCUGGAGAGAGAAUAUGGAUGGAGAUGCAGAAAAUUAUCACAGGAUGCUAUGGGGGUGAUCUCCUAAUCAAAAUGGUUGAGUGCGGGGUAGGACCUUAUGUUGGUUUCCCAGACAACUUUAACUGUGAUGGUAUUAGGUCAUUGUAUAAAAGAUGUGAAGAAGCAGGUGUUAUAGUUAAAGAUAUGCAUCAUAUGACAAUUUUAGCCUCUGGAUUUUCAAGUGAAACAGAAUGUAUCAAAUUGAUAGCAAGAGUUAAGUGUUCCAAAAAAGAGCAGGAGAUCAUGUUGCAUAUAAUUAGAUAUAGAGACUUUGCAAUACAAGCAACUUCAUUCAAGGAAAUUAAAGACCACAUUGUUGAUAUUGUAAUUGGUGAGAAAAGAAAUAAAGACAUUGCUCUAUUGUAUGUAAGUGAACUAUUAAAAUAUGCUUGUAGAAUAGAUUAUCUGGAACAAAUUAAAGAGUGGAACGUGCCAAAGUUUCCAGUGAAUGGACAUAUGGUCAUGGAGAAGGGAGUUUCCCGGAAAAAAAUUAAAUUGGCAUUGGCAGAUAUGUUAAAAGAAUGGAAGAAGUCUGACUUUUCAUCAAGUGCUGAGGAAUUGUUACACACACUAGACACUGACAAGUAUCAAUGAUUUGGUUAAUGCUUUGCACAAGCUACAAGUUAAUUUGUUAUGUUAUUUGCUGUUGAAUAGACAUCUUAAAUUUUUGUUUAAUUUGCAAAAUACAAUACUGUACAUGCAAUAUCUGGAGAAUGCUUUCAAAUACUGUACAAAUUAAAAAUGUACCUUGUGUGGUCGUGCAAGGAAUAUCUUGGUUAUUGGAUCUGGUUGCAUCUUAGUGACAAAUCUUAGAAUAAUUUUAACCUUAACCUUAACUGCGACACUGCUGUUUUGGCCACAUUUGGCCAAAAUUUUAUUGGCCACAUUUUGCCACAUUUGGCAAAAAAAAAAUUUUUGGCCACAUUUUGUUUUGGCCAUUUCAACUUUGGCUUGAAAUGGGACUAUAAAAGAAAAUAUAAUUUGUGUUAAUAUUUUGUAAAAUAUGAACUUGCUCUUAACAGUGGUGCCAUUAAAAAUGUGAAAAUAAAUUUUCAAGUCUCCAAACUGUAAUUUAAUAUACAAAAUGGUCAGAGGUAACUGCAAACUAUUCUUAAGUGUUCCUUGGGAAUAUAUUAUUUUCAUACAUAAAGCCAGGACAGGUAAUUUAUCAGGACAAAGCACUAAGCCAUUAUGACUAUACUGUACUUGCCUAGUUGGGUGAGUAUAUCACUUUGAAGGGCUAUGAGGAUAAGCAUUUUUUAUUUUAUUUAUUUAUUUAAAUAUACAAGUGAUUGCAUUCUUGUAAAGCCACUUAGCAUGCAUAGCGUUUCGGGCAGCUUGAAGCAUUUAUGGUAGGAUGGAGGAAAGGAAUGGUACCCAACCACUUACAACUUUAGGAGAUUGAAUGCCGACCUGCAAGAAGCAAGGUUAUAAUUCUACUGUUCAGUCCAAGUGGUUAAUUGAAAUAUUUUUUCAUGUGUCGAUGGAUUUUUCUCUUAUUAAAGCCAACAUAGUAUAUAAGUUUUCCAUAAUUGAUAUUGAAUAGCCAAUAAUUUUGUAAUUAUAUAAUAGAUGGUGGCCUGCAAUACAGUAUACAAUAUAGUUCAUGGCAUAACACAAAAUUGAUGGUGUACUGUGUAUUGUAAAUGAUAAUUGCAUUGCACACUACAUGUGAUGUUUAUUUAUACAGUAUAUACAACUGCUCGAAACGCUGUGCGUACUAGUGGCUUUAGGCACAGUAUAUUACUGUAUAUACUAGCUCUAUCUAGAAAUUCAACAUCCUGUAACUCAUUUUGUAUGUAUGUACUUUUACCUGAAUAAACAUCAUUAUAUUAUUAUAACUAAUAUAACUUGUAAACAUUAAUGUAUAUAAGGAUUUAGGAUCAACAAAAAUGAACAUUGUUAUAAUUUUUAUGUAUAAAAAUGAAAGUACCAGAGUAAGAAAUUUUCAUGACCA